GCAUACGCUUACUCGGUGGAUCUAUCGAAGCGAGAUGAGAUCUACCGAACGGCAGAGCAGGUGAAACGAGAUGUCGGCGACGUCACUGUGCUUGUCAACAAUGCUGGAAUCGUUUUUGGCAAGUCAAUAAUGGAUAGUUCAGAUGAGAAAAUCCAGAAAACACUGGAAGUUAAUGCACUGUCACACUUCUUUGUAAGUUGCACUCAGUGA